CGCACACUGAAAAUAGGUACGAUAUUGAUUAAGGGAGAGUGCACCAAUGGAAGCGUGGCUAGGUUGGAUUCUGGGGCUCAUCCCACUUCUAGGUUGGUUGUUGUGGUGGUGGAAUGAGAUUUGGUAUGCGUUGCCAGUCAAGCGAAGCUGUUCCAUUGCCGGUGUGAAGUUGCCGCCAGGACACAUGGGGUUUCCCUUCUUUGGAGAACUCUUCACCUUCCUCUGGUACUUCAAGAUUCUUCGCCGCCCAGACGAGUUCAUAAGCUCUAAAAGACGGAAGUAUGGUGAUGGAGUAGGAAUGUACAGGACCCACCUCUUUGGAUCGCCUUGCAUCAUAGCAUGCUUCCCAUCAGUGAACAAGUUUGUCUUCCGAGCCGACGACAAAUUCAUCCUGGAAUGGCCGAAUGUUGAUCUUAUGGGCGCCACUUCUCUGGUGGCGGUUAACGGAAAGGCACAUGCCAGGCUCAGGAGCUUUGUCUUGAAUGCCAUUAACCGACCCGAUGCUCUUCGCCGAAUAGCUGCUUUGGUACAGCCUCGUUUGGUUGCUGCCCUUGAGCUGUGGGCCCAAAAAGGCAGAAUCGUCGCUUACCAUGAAACUAAGAAGGUGACCUUAGAGAACAUCGGGAAACUGUUUGUGAGUUUUGAGCCGGGGCCGCAAUUGCAUAAGAUCGAUCGGUUACUUCAUGAUAUGGUUAAAGGGAUGAGAGCUCAGCCACUCAAUUUCCCCGGAACUGCAUAUCACCGUGCUCUGCAGUGCCGGAAGAAGGUCGAGGCGAUUUUUAGGGUCGAGAUAGAGAAGAGGAAAAGCCAAAGCGAAGAAACUGUUACCGAUCUUAUGGACGGGAUCCGACAAAUCAAAGAUGAGGAAGGCAAAAAACUAUCUGACCAAGAAGUGCUAGAUAACAUCAUUGCCCUUGUGGUCGGCGGUUAUGAGUCCACUACACUUGCAUCGAUGUGGGCUAUUUACUAUCUUGCCAAGUAUCCCAAUGUUCUAAAAAAACUCCAGGAAGAGAACAUGUCCAUUAGCCAGAACAAGAAUGGUGGGUUCAUCACAAUCGAAGACAUCUCGAACAUGAAAUAUACUAACAAGGUGGCGGAGGAGACAAUAAGAAUGGCUAAUGUUGCGGCUUUUAUAUUCAGAUUAGCCACAAAGGACAUCGACUACGAAGGUUAUAGGAUACCAAAGGGAUGGAAAGUGAUUCUGUGGCUCCGAUACCUGCACACAAAUCCGGAAAACUUUGAUGACCCCUUGUGCUUUAAUCCUGAUAGGUGGAAUGAAUCUGUGAAGCCGGUGGCAUACCAAGUGUUUGGCGGGGGAUCGAGAAUCUGUGCAGGAAACAUGCUUGCGAGGAUUCAACUGGCGAUUUUACUGCAUCAUUUAUCAGUAGGAUACAAGUGGUAGUUGCUCAACUCAGACCCGGGUUUCGUCUAUCUUCCGCACCCUGCACCAGCUGAUAAAGUUGAAGUUAGUUUCUGCAAGCUAUGAGGACUCAUCCUGGCUACAACUUGAAAACUGCACUAGGCUUGAAUAAUUGAGUCAUGUUGGUCUCAUCGUUUGUAUGCCUUAUCUUAUUUUGUUUCAAGCGAAGCAGUACCGAAAGAAAUAAUUUGAAAGUGCAACUUCACUAGGCUUGAAUAAUUGAGUCAUGUUGGUC